AUGGCGUCUAUCGUAUUCCGUUCUUCAGCAGGUUCGAAGAACUCAUAUUCUAAAAUUUUGAGUUAUGCUGCCGCCGUUGGAGGUGCUGCUGCCGCUACCGCUGGUGCUUUGUAUUUACAUCAACAGCAUUUUGGUGGUAACAACAACAAACCUCCUCAGAAGAGCAAUGGCUUGAAGUUCUUUGCAGCUGCUACCCCAGCUAAGUUGGCUCAAGUUUUUGAAGGAAAGACCGAGAAAGACUUCCAGGAAGUGUAUAAUGCCAUUGCCCAAAAGGUUCAAGAUGAGGAUGAUGCAGACGAUGGAGCGGGCAGAUAUGGUUUGUUGUGCCGUUUGGCGUGGCAUAGCUCGGGAACCUAUGAUAAGAAGAAAAACUCAGGCGGCUCUUAUAGUGGGUCAAUGAUUUACUCCCCAGAGUCCACUGACCCCGAGAACGCUGGUUUAGAUGCUGGAAGAGACUUCCUUAAUGAAUUUCACUAUCAAUUCCCUUGGCUCAGCAGAGGUGACUUGUGGACUCUUGGUGGCGUUGUUGCUGUGCAAGAAGCUGGUGGUCCAAAAAUUAAGUGGAGACCUGGAAGAGUUGACUGCUCCAAAGCAGAGAAGGACAAAAUCCCCGAAAAUGGUAACUUGCCAGAUGCUUCUCAGGAACUGGGUGCUUACGUGAGAAAGAUUUUUAACCGUUUGGGAUUCGAUGACAGAGAGAUGGUUGCCCUCAUUGGAGCUCACGCAUUGGGCAAAUGUCACACCUAUAGAUCUGGAUUUGAUGGUCCUUGGGGUCCCUCUCCAAACAUGUUCACCAAUGACUUCUUUGUGAGAUUGUUGCAAAAGUGGCAUAUUCGUGAGUGGGAUGGCAAGAGACAGUAUCAGGACGACGAGACCAAUUCUUUCAUGAUGUUGCCUACUGACAUGGUGCUUAAGGAAGACAGCAAAUUCCUCAAGUAUGUGAAGCUCUAUGCCGCUGAUCAGGACCUUUUCUUCGCUGACUUCUCGAAGGCCUUCACCAGAUUGCUCGAAAAUGGUAUUGAGUUCGCCAAAGAUACUCCUUACUAUGAGUUCAAGACUUUAGAAGAACAAGACAUGAAGUUCAUUCAGUCUGAGCAGAUCUUGGAGAUCCCUGAGGGUGUUACUGUCAACAUCAAGGCCAGAACCAUCAAGGUUACUGGUCCAAGAGGUGAGUUGACCAAGGACUUGAAGCACAUCGAUGUCACUUUCGAGAAGUUGUCUGACAAGGCUAUCAAGAUCAUUGUUCUUCACGGUGACAGAAAGCACGUCGCUGCUUUGAGAACUGUCAAGUCUUUGAUCUCUAACUUGGUGACCGGUGUUACCAAGGGUUACAAGUACAAGAUGAGAUACGUCUACGCCCAUUUCCCUAUCAACGUUAACACCGUUGAGAUUGACGGUCAGAAGUACGUCGAGAUCAGAAACUUCUUGGGUGAGAAGAAGGUCAGACACGUCAAGAUCUUUGAUGGUGUCACCAUGGAGCAGUCUACCACCCAGAAGGAUGAGUUGAUCAUUUCUGGUAACUCUUUGGAGGCUGUUUCCCAGAAUGCUGCUGACAUCAACCAGAUCUGCAGAGUUAGAAACAAGGAUAUCCGUAAGUUCUUGGAUGGUAUCUACGUUUCUGAGCACUUAUCGAUAUUCCCUCAAAGCUCAAUUGGUGAUUGUUUCAACACACUCAAUGCCGGCAAUGUCGACUUCGCUGUUAUUCCAUUCGAAAACUCUACAAACGGACAAGUGGUCUUUACAUAUGACCUUCUUAGAGACUGGUUCAUUGGCGAUAAUGAAAAGUCGAGACCAACUUUUCAAGUUGUGGGAGAACAGUUUGUGGCGAUACAUCACUACUUAUUAUCCAAUGCCACCGAAAAGUCUCAAAUAAACACGAUCUAUUCGCAUCCGCAGGUGUGGGGUCAGGUUUCAAAGCUGUUGAAACCAUACGCAAAAUGUACAAAAGUCGAUGUAAGUUCUACUGCUGAGGCUGCCCGAAUUGUGAGUCAAGACUCCACAAACACAGUGGCUUGUAUCAGUUCCAAAAUGUGUGCUCAGCUUACAAACUUACCGAUAAUAGAGGCUGAAAUUGAGGAUAUCCCAGACAAUACAACCAGAUUCUUAGUUUUGGGUAACAAGCCUGCUUUUCCACAGCCAAAGCAAGGAAUAGCAGAGACGAAAGAGACGAUCCCACUUACUGCUAUCACGUCGAUAAUGUUCACGCUCAAUCAUGAUGAUCCUGGUGCCUUGAUGACAGCUCUUGAUUCCUUCAAACAACAGAAUAUCAACUUGACUUCUAUUGCAUCAAGACCAUCAGGGAAAAAAGAGCUCAUUUCGUCGCUAUAUCCACUGCCUCCACCCUACUACAAGUAUUUCACAGAGUCUAAUAGAUCAAAAUACCAGCAAUGGCUCGAACAAGAAUCUGACGGAGAUGCUAUUCCACCUGGUGACCUACGAUUCCAUCGCCCCCCUUCAGCGCCGACUGGUGAACAGUACCGAGGAUACGGAAGUGUGUGGGCAUUGGUGAACAAGCUACCUUCUCUCAAGGAGCUGGGGUGGAAGCAAUUAUACAACGAUGAAGACGAAAAAAUCACUUCGCAGACUAAAAUUGAUGAGCUUCACAAGCUCCUAGACUCGUUACUAUUGAACUUCUUGGAGCUUGUGGGCUCUGUCUCCAAGGAACCAGCAAAAUUCUAUGUCAAGAUCGAGGACUUGAAGCUUCUUUUGAUCAACAUGAAUCAUUUGCUCAAUACUUAUCGUCCCCACCAAACUCGUGAAAGCUUGAUAAUGCUUUUGAAAAAGCAGAUCGAAAAGAAGAGAAAUGACAUGAGCGAGAUCGAUGAAGCAAUGGAUGGUGUUAAGAAGCGCAUAAAUCUGCUUGUCUCGUCUGCUGAUGAGAUAUCAACAAGUCUGCCUACCAUUGAAGCGGAUGAAAAAAGUUCAUCAGCCAUUACUGAGCAGAAUAUUGUGAAAACACUACAAUCUCUCGUUGAUGAAUCUUGA